AUGAUAUAUGCUUUUAGGUCCAUACCAACUUCACUUAUAAAAUUUUGCCCGAAACAGGGCAAUAAUGGGGUGCUACUCACUAGAACUUAUGCUACGAAUCGAUUUGCUGCACAAUUUAAGGCACCCAAUACAUCGACCUCAGACAAGCCCAGCAGUAACAGAUUCGCCAGUAAAUACGAGACUGGUGGAUCUAAGGGGAAAGAAGGACAGAAGUUAAGCGGAAAUCGUCGUCAGAAUAACCAUGAUAGAAAACCACAUCAUGGCAGAAAGCUACCACAACCAAAGAAACUAACCUUUGAAUUCAACACGGGGACUGAUUCUUCACACAAUGCUCUCAGGUCUAUCAUUGAUAAAGUUCACCAUUUAAAUAACGGAAAAUACAUGGUUCGCUAUGUGAACCCAGCAACCAAAAAGCUUGAAACUGUCCAUUUAGCGUCGAUUACCAAUGCUUUGGAUUUAAAGAAAGAAGGUGUAUUCAUUGUACCUCUGAAAGAUGAUGAAGGGAGUUUCCCAAUAAUAAGAGUGAAUACUUUACCUGAGAUGUUAAAGGCAUACAGUGACGAACUAGCUGACUUAAGGCAUCAAGAGCUUUUAGAGAAGGGUAGUAGGGCAGCUAAGAGAGCACAGCAGCUGAAGGACAGGGCUGAAAAGAAGAAAUCGUCUACUAAAAUUGUAACCAUCAGUUGGGAAAUCAGCUUCUCGGAUUUCCAUAACCAAAAGAUAAAAGAAAUACAGAAGAAAAUUGACAAAGGAGAAUCGUUUGUGAUAUUUAUUGGAGAUAAGAAAAAUUUAGUACUGGCCAGAAAAAACGUUGAUAGAAGUGACGGGUUGGUCAAGAAGAUGCAAGGUGCUGCAGAAGAAGUUGAUCUCGAAAGUGAAGAAGGCGAAGGAGAGGAUGAGAGUCAACAGCAAAGUAUAGACUCUUACGUUGCGAAAGAUUUGGAUAUUAUUACUAGGGCCAAGCGUGAAAAGAUGAUUUCUGAGAUCAAAGAAUUCCUCACAGAAAGUGUGGGAAAGUUGGAGGUGAGCGGUACCUUAGAUAGAAGAAUCACUUAUAUGUGCUCCAAAAUUAAGAAAUCCACACAAGCUCAGGCUGCAACUAACGGAGCGCAAGAGGAAAUCUCGCCAAAGGAACAGAGAAGGUUGAAGAGGCUCCAGAAACAGCAACAGCAACAGCAGCAACAGCAACUGGCAAAGAGUAAUGUCAAAGAAGAGGAUUUGGACCUGCUAUACCAAAAUCUUAAAUUUGAUGAUUGA